AUGAACACAAUUAACGACUUACUUGUAAAUUGGAAAACCGGAAUUGUCGAUCAAGUGAUUCAUGAAGACAAUCCAAAUUUUAUGUUCUACUCCGAACUUAUUGAACUGUUUUAUUGCCCAGACGAUAUUGUAAAUGGAAUCCAGCCAAAUUAUUUUUCUAAGAAACACCAGUUUGGAGACGUUUUUGAUGAAGAGUUGUCUAAACUUAGCGAUGCAAUGUGUUUAAUGAAUGAUGAAGAAAUUAAUAAACUUAAAUUGAACAUUAAGAAAUCUGAAAACGAAUAUCACGAAAAGUUGGUAAUAGAAACAAAACGUUGUAGGAGGCUUUCUUUGCUUGAACUGUUUGACACACUUGAACAACUUAACCUUGUAAAUCUUCAGAGUGUUGUUCACUGUUUGGUCUGCAUCUUUCCAACAUCGGUGAGUGUUGAACGUUUUUUCUCGAAACUCAAAAUUAUGCGCUCUCAAAAUAUGUUACUGAAGAUGGCAUAUGAGUGUCUGUUUUAUUGUAUGGAUAACAACAAUGUAUACUUUGUUAUUUAA